AAAAAUAUCUGCUAGACGACUAAUAACAGCUGCAGAUAAUGUUCCUACAGAUUCACAUGUCCUAUCGUGGUUAAGGAGGGAUUGCUCCUGGGCUUGAUUGGCCGCUUGUCGCGCAACCGCUCUUUCCAACGUGAACUCGGUGUGAGAAAAGGUGUGGGUUCACGACGGCAGCCUGACCUGCGAGCCUACGAGCAGAGCAUUGCCACUGCAUACUUAUCGUCCCAUCGUUCAUUCUCUUUCUUCUCUCCAACUUUUGUGAGUCGUUUUCAGAGCACGUAAGUCGCAACGUCUGUGCGACAUUUGAGGCAAAUGGCUAGAACGCGGGGUGCUGAUCGUCCCGAGACGUCGUUGGAUGCUGCCAUGAGAGCUCCCAGCACAACGACGCCAGAUGUUGUUGUAUUAGACUUCAUUGAAGAGGAGGUGAAGCCAAAAUAUACUGCAGACCCAAAGAAAGAUUUAUGGCUUUCCACAGUUGAUGGACGAUAUUCAUCGCCUAUCAUUCCUGUUCGAGUCGGACCUCAUGCCGAGACCUUCCCUGUCCAUAAAGCGAUCCUCACAAAGUCGGAGUACUUUAGCAAGGCGAUAGAUGGAAAGUUUCGAGAGGCAGACGAUCAAGCGAUUGACUUGCCAGAGGAGGACCCAAACAUAUUUAGUUUUGUGGUUGCGUGGUUGUAUGAGGAGAAAUUUAUACCCAUAAAGUCAAUGUCAACGGCUCUUGUUGCUGAACCUGACAAGGGCAAAGGAAGAGAAGAUGCAGACGAGGAUAUGUCAGGUAGCGAAUCGGUGUCUGAUAGUACUGGGACCGGGAGUGAUAAUAGUGCUCGAAUUCGAAGAAGGCGGCGAAGACGAGCGCAGAGAGCCUUCGAGAAUGAAAGACGCAAGCAGCCAGGACGGCACCGCCCUUCCUGCAAUUGUGCUGCUUGUACCUCAGAGAUGAUGGGCCCACCAUGUUGGAGCUGUGGUGCAUCACGCAAUCCUCCACCCCUACGCCAUCGUGGUGGGCCUCCCCCUCCAGCGCAUGCUUUCCACCCAAAUGGCUUUCCUCGUGGUCCUGUCGGUCCGCCGCAAAGAAGAACCCGUGAUCGACGGCGAGUUCAUCGAGCAGAAGAAGUAGUGAUCAUCGACGAACCUUUCAAUGUUGCUGGAGAUCGGAUGGCUCCUGAGGAUCUUAGGACCUGGUCAUUGGCAUACUCGCUCAGUAUUGAUGUCUACGUGUGUGCUGAGAGGUAUUUGAUGCAGGAUUUCAAAGCUGCUAUUGCUGGCUUUAUCAUUAACAGCUUCGAAGUUGCUGGUCUUGAAGCCGCAGUACCAACUGUCUUGUACUCAUGCAAGACACUGCAAAACGGCGUCAGUCCCGUUGAUCCUCUACUGAAGAAGGUGCUGUCGAGAGUCGGGUUCCUUCAAGCUCGUCUUGGAAAGAACUUUCCGGAUGAGACGCACAUCUUCUUUUCAGAUAACCCAGAUCUCCCUCAUCUGAUUAUGAAAGAGAUGAUUGAACGAAUUGAAGAGGACCGACCUGACAACCUACCCCCAAUGGAUGCUCCUCAUCGUUAUUUCGGGACCGGUCCCGAUGAGAUGUUCAUGCAAGGACACCGUCAUCGGGAUCCGUUUUGGUAAUUAGGAGAUAUUUGAAUCUCCACGGGCGUUAAGUCGGGGUGACACAGGGCGUUUCAAUUUGCAUCACCGCAUGUCACUUUGGAGGAGUUCAAGGAGCGUUCUUUACUGCUGUUUCCUUUUGGAGAGUAGAUCAAGUCCAUCAAUGAGAGCUGCAGAAAGCUGCAAAGCGUAUACCUAUGUAUUCAUAUGGCCAAGCGCUCCAUACGCAUUUCCUUACGUCAAUAUGUAUUCAGCAACACCUUAUGACGAACUUCAACC